AUGGCCAGCAGCCUUGCUGGGUCUCCACCCCUCUCAGCUGUGGUGGUUUCCAGACCUUCCCCAGUACUGGGUGGGGACCAGUUCAGGAGCUUAAUCUUUCUGAUGCUGCUGGCUUCCACAGCUGCCUUCAGAGCUGCCAACAUUCCCGGGUCCCCAGACUGCGGGAAGCCCCAGCAGCUGAACCGGGUUGUGGGUGGCGAGGACAGCACGGAUGCCCAGUGGCCCUGGAUUGUUAGCAUCCUCAAGAAUGGCACCCACCACUGUGCAGGCUCCCUGCUCACCAACCGUUGGGUGAUCACAGCUGCACACUGCUUCAGGAGCAGUGUGGACAAGCCAUUUCUGUUCUCAAUAUUGUUAGGGGCCUGGCAGCUGGAGAACCCAGGCCCAAGGUCCCAGAAAGUGGGUGUUGCUUGGGUGCUGCCUCACCCCAGGUAUUCUCAGGAGGGGACCCGUGCAGACAUUGCCCUGGUGCGCCUGGAACACUCCAUCAAAUUCUCUGAGCGGGUCCUGCCCAUCUGCCUACCUGACUCCUCUGUCCAGCUCCCUCCCAACACUGACUGCUGGAUCGCAGGCUGGGGAAGCAUUCGCGAUGGAGUGCCCCUGCCCCACCCUCAGACCCUUCAGAAGCUCAAGGUGCCCAUCAUCGACUCAGAACUCUGCAAACGCCUGUACUGGCGGGGUGCCGGGCAGGAAGCCAUCACUGAGGACAUGCUGUGUGCUGGUUACCUGGAAGGGGAGCGUGAUGCUUGUCUGGGUGACUCUGGAGGGCCCCUGAUGUGCCAGGUGGAUGGCGCCUGGCUUCUGACUGGCAUAAUCAGUUGGGGAGAGGGCUGCGCUGAGCGCAACCGGCCCGGUGUGUACACCAGCCUCCUAGCUCACCGCUCCUGGGUGCAGAGGAUCGUGCAAGGGGUGCAGCUGCGCGGGCACUUGAAGGACCGUGGGGACACCGGGAGCUCCUAAAUUGGGAUCUGGAGAGAAGCAGCCUCAAGCGGCUCUCUCUGCUGUAAACAUGUCUUCUACCUCCGGGGGGCGCCCGCGGCCUGCACAGGAGAGCAGGAACCUCUUGGCCCCGCCCAUCGCGAGGCCCCGCCCCUUCGUUGAGGCCACCGUCUUUCUCUCUCAAUGAUUUUUUAGUUAUUUGUAAAUAGCUUGUAAAUACAUAUUUGUAAAACCAUGUUCACAUAUUUAUUCCAGUUUCAAUAAAUUAUUCU